AUGGAGAAGAAGAAUGAAAGGAACAAUAAUGGUGGGUGCAUCAGCAAAUCAAGAAUGGGGAGGCAGAAGAUAGAGAUAAAGAAGAUAAUCAACGAGGAGGCUCGUCAGGUCUGCUUCUCAAAGCGACGAAAUGGGCUCAUCAAGAAGGCCGGAGAGCUCUGCAUUCUCUGUGGUGUUGAGAUUGCCAUCAUCGUCUUCUCUCCCGCCGGCAAGGCCUUCUCCUACGGCGACCCCUCCGUUGAUGCUGUCAUCAACCGCUUCAUCGACCCUUCCUCCCACGUCCCCACCCCUCCCGACGCCCACUAUGCGUCUACCAUUGAUGAGCUCAACCGCCAGAAUGACGAGCUCGUCCAACAGAUCGAAGUCGAGAAGAAGCGCCGUGUCCUGCUACAAAAGCUGCACCGGAGCGAGGGUGCGACUUCUGGGACGCCAACAUGGAGAACUUCUCGCUCGAGCAGCUUGAGGAGUUGA